AUGACUGAAUUGAUCGAAAUUCGUCCAUUGAAAACAGUAAAGCAACAACGAUCUCCUACAUGUUCAUAUGCAUUUACAACAAUUCAAGCAUCAUCAUCUGAUUCUUCAGAAGAUGAAAGUAGUUCAAAUGAUGAAUCACAAUUCAUUCUUAAAUUAAAACCUUCAAAAUCAUCAAAAUCAUCAAAAUCAUCAAAACGAUCAAAACGAAAUAAUAUGAUUCAAACGUUACCAAUAAUUUUCAAUGCGCAACCAGCUAAAAAAAAGAAAAAAUCCCAUGAAAAACAUAUACAACAAUUUCUUAUUAAUACACAACCACCACCAUCACCAACGAAAAAAGAAAUUGUUAUUAAACAAAUAAUGGAACCUUCAUUAUCACCAGAAAUUCAAUAUGUACCUAUAUCAGUUCCAACACCGCCACUACCGACAAUAAUCGAAAGAAGACCUCUUGUUUAUCAACAUGUUUAUACACCGACUUUAGUUGAAGAACGUUCAAAUGGUUUUUAUAGUUCUUAUGAACCACCUGUUAGACGAGUCGAACGAGUUUAUCCAUCAAAUACAAAAAGUGUUCAUUUACCAAAACAUGCAAAACAAUUAGUUAAUCGUUUUCUAGCUGGUAUUGAACAUGCACAUAGUCGUCGAUAUGAUGAUGGAAGUGAUAGUGAUCAUAGUAUUGAUGAUUGUAAAGUAUGUCGUCGAUUUCGAUCAGCUAUGGAUGCAGAAAAACGAAGAAGUCACAGUGACGUAGAUAUAUAUCGUGGUAGCCGAGAACCAUAUAAACAUAGACAUAGUCAUUCAAAGAAUUGUAAAGUAUGUAAUUUAUUAGAAGAAUCUGAUUUUGUUAUUUCAACAACAAAAGAUCAUCCAACGCCUAGUACAAAAAAACGAGAAAAACAUAUUCAUGUAGUCGAAAGUUUUCCAUCAAUUGUUAAACCAACAGUAGAAACAACAACAACAACAACCACAACAACAACAGAACCAAAAUUAGUAGCUAAUAACACAUCAACAACACAAUCAAAACUAGUGGCUAAUAGUACAUCAACAACAAUUCCUCCUAUUCCAAUACAAUCACCUUAUUAUCCAAUGUCGCAUACGACUUACGUAGAUCCGAACACUGGUCUUACUUAUGCUUACGAUCCAAAUUGGCCAUAUAAUCCAUCGGGAACAGGAGUUACCUAUGAUUAUUCAUCUUAUUAUACCAAUCCAUCUUAUUAUACCAAUCCGUCUUAUAAUACCAAUCCAGCUUAUAUACAAAAUAUUCCACAAUAUGAAACGUACAAUACUACUGUACCUGCAGUAACUGUUACUUCCAAUCCAACAACACAACAACAAGAACAUAUUCAAACAACAACAACAGCAGUCAGUCCUAAUCCUCUGAUUGAUAAAGGAACAUAUACAUAUAUGCCAACCAAUCGAAAAAAGCACAAAUCAACUAAUAAAACAGUAGUUGUUCAUACAUCUCGAAAUCCAACACCACCAACACCAAAAAUUAUUAUUGAACAACCACAUCGAUCUCGAUUACCACGAAAACUUCAAUCAACCACCGUAUUGAAAGAGCGAACUACACAAACACCACAUACAACAACGACUACUUAUGUUCGAAAUUAA